AUGGCGGAUGGUUCUUGGAAGGUUAACRUUAUCUACUAUAGUCGAGUCUAGUAGCUUUUUUUGACCAAGUAUUUUACGAGUUUCGAAGGCAAAACUGGAGCAACCUAUUAGCACGAUCUCAGUCUUCUAUUAGUUCUGGCACGACAUAUGGAGCUUGUUCUGAGCUACAGUGUUAAUUUGCAGUGAGUAGUCAGGAGUGUAGUCACGCAUGCUCCCCUUACUGGCAGUAUGUCCAUGUGUAGCUGAAYUAUCCCAUAAAAACACAAUUAUUGACUCACAAAAAGCGACCAUGCAAGGAAAUAGCCCUGAGAACGAAAUAUUCAAUCCAGAAGACCUAACGAAGUCAGUUAAACCACCAAAAAGGUCUAUAUUUGGAAAAGUUGUACUUGGUGUUACAGGCGCAGUAGCUCUAGGCCUUGUUGCUAUAACGACACCAUUUGUCACGCCUGCUCUGCGGAAGAUUUGCCUUCCUUAUGUUCCAGCAACUGAAAGACAGGUUGCUAAUGUGUUGCAGUUGUGUCGUAAAGGGAAGACGCAUACUUUAGUAGACUUGGGAAGUGGAGAUGGCAGAGUGGUUCUUGCAGCUGCUAGACAUGGUUAUCUAGCUCAUGGAAUUGAACUGAAUCCAUGGUUAGUGUUAUACUCCAAUAUACAGGCCAGAUGGCAUGGCUUGUCCAAUCUGGCUUCAUUUUCUAGACAAGAUUUAUGGAAGGUCGAACUAUCUAAAUAUGAUAACAUUGUCAUUUUUGGUGUAUCAGAAAUGAUGCCACAAUUGCAAGAGAAGAUACAAAAAGAAGUGAAUCCUGAUUGCCAUGUUAUAGCGUGUCGUUUCCCGUUUUCCUGGCGUCCAAAAGAUUGUAUCCAAGAAGGCAUUGACAGUGUUUGGUUGUACAAACAUCCCUUUAAAGAAAAUCCAUAGGUCUUCAUAUCUUGGCUAGCAUGAAGAGCUAAUGUAAAGUAAUAAUUUGUUGGUUUAUGGAUGGUCAUAUUGCAAACAUAGGCAAGUUAAAGKAACGUUUAUGAGAAGCUGAACGGACUUUUUUCCCGUAAAUUUUAGCAAUCUUUCUGCAGUUUGGAGGCAAACUCAGAAGCGCGCGUGUACCCAUUCAACCUCCUUUUGAUCAUUAAUGUAGCUGGGAUGUCUCGAAUGGAUGUUUGGACAAAACUUUAAGAAGUAGCUGGGAUGUCUAGGAUGGAUGUUUGGACAAAACUUUAAGA